UGGGCCACCAGGUGCAUUUCCCGCCUGGUCAUCAUGGAGCUCGGGGGUGCAGUGGGCAUCUUCCUGGGCAUCUGCUUCUCUUGCUUGCUGCUCAUCUCUGCGUGGAAGCGGAUGCACAAAGAAGGGAAGCUGCCCCCGGGACCCACCCCACUGCCCUUCCUUGGCAAUAUCCUGCAGGUGAAAACCAGCGAGCCCUUCAAGUCCUUCCUGGGGCUGAGAGAGAAAUAUGGCCCCGUGUUCACAGUCUAUCUGGGCCCUCGGCGGGUGGUGGUUCUCUGUGGACACGACACAGUGAAGGAGGCCCUGGUGGACCAGGCUGAGGAAUUCAGUGGCAGAGGGGAAAUAGCCAGCAUUGACCGGAACUUCAAUGGUUUUGGUGUUGCUUUAGCCAAUGGGGAGCGUUGGAAGCAGCUCCGUCGCUUCUCCCUCACCACCUUGAGGAACUUUGGGAUGGGCAAGCGGUCCAUUGAGGAGAGGAUCCAGGAGGAGGCCCAGUACUUGAUGGAGGAAAUCAGAAAAACCAAAGGUCAACUCUUCGACCCCACCUUCUUCCUGAGCCGCACGGUCUCCAACGUCAUCAGCUCCGUCGUCUUUGGCAGCCGCUUUGACUACGAAGAUAAAACCUUCCUCUCCUUGCUGCAGAUGAUCAACGAAAGUUUUAUAGAGAUGAGCACCCCUUUGGCACAGCUCUAUGAUAUGUAUUCCUGCAUCAUGCAGUACCUGCCGGGACGACACAACCGCAUUUAUUACCUGGUUGAGGAGCUGAAGGACUUCAUUGCCGAGAAGAUCAAAACCAACCAGGCGACGCUUGACCCCAACAACCCUCGGGACUUCAUUGAUUGCUUCCUCAUCCAGAUGGAGAAGGAAAAAGGAAACCUUUCCACUGAAUUCAACCUGAAAAAUUUGGUCCUCACCACCCUCAAUUUGUUCUUUGCUGGGACAGAAACCGUGAGCUCCACCCUGAGAUACGGACUCCUUUUCUUGAUGAAAUACCCAGAAGUGGAAGAGAAGGUCCACAAGGAGAUUGACCAGGUCAUCGGCCCCAAUCGCCUCCCUGCCACGGAAGACCGGCUGAAGAUGCCCUACACCGAUGCUGUAGUCCAUGAGAUCCAGAGGGUGACGGACAUUGUCCCCAUGGGAGUGCCCCACACGGUGAUCCGGGACACUCAGUUCCGGGGGUAUCUUCUGCCGAAGGGCACGGACGUCUUCCCCUUGCUUGGCUCAGCCUUACGGGACCCCAAAUAUUUCAGUGACCCAGAGAACUUCAACCCUGGGCACUUCCUGGAUGAGAACGGCCGUUUUAAGAAGAAUGAGGCUUUUGUACCAUUCUCCUCCGGGAAACGCGUCUGCCUGGGGGAAGCCAUGGCUCGGAUGGAGCUCUUCCUCUACGUCACCACCAUGCUGCAGAACUUCUCCCUGAAGUCCCCCCUGCACCCCAAGGACAUUGAUGUCUCCCCCAAAAUGAGCGGCUUUGGGAACAUCCCCCCCAUCUACCAGCUGAGCAUGCUGCCCCGCUGAUCCCGGGCAUCUGCUGCUUCUCUCCAGCUCUCCUCCUGAUGCUGCUCUGUCCAAGCCCCACAGCCACCUCACCCGGGGAGCCAUUUCCAUCCAGCACGGCUCUUGUCCUGGGCGCCUCCCUGCCUUCUGCUGGGCUACUUGAACCAGAUCCUUGGCUCUGGGAUCUGCUGGGUCAGAUGGAUCCCUCCCUCCCCUGUUCUUUUCUUGAUCUUAAUCAGGGGGCACAAGGAGGGCGUCUGUGGAGGAACCGAUGGCACCCCAAUUCUGCCCUGGGGAAAGGGGUUCAUCUCAGUCAGCUGGCAUCCUGUUCUAUCCCAGCCCUGACCAACUGCUUGGACCUUCAGCUGGGAGGUCUGGCCUCUGCCCUUCUCUCUGUCCAGCUGGUGCCUGGUCCAGGGUUGCUGCACCCACAUCCCACCUAAGACCUUCUCCCAACCAGCAGUGGUAACUGGAUGGGACAUAGAUUUGGAGCAGAGCAUGAUAAAUUCAGUUCCUGGAGAGUUGAAGUCAGACCAGUCUGGAAGUAUUAAAAAAUGUCACAAAACUUA